GGCGUAGUGGGCGCGCGGGCAGGCAACGCCGCAGCAGACGGUGGGAAGGCGCCGGGUGAGUCUUCGGCAGCAGCGGGAGGGCGAGCAGGUGGCAGUGCAGCUUCGCCGGCGGGCGCAGCCUCAGCUCCUCAGGGCCCAUCCAAAACGCCCGUUUCCACUUCUCCCGCCGGCGGCAAUGAUGGAGCCACCGCUACAACGACCACCCGCAGCCCGAGUGCUGUGAGUCACGCGAAAAGCAACGCGGACAGCAGCGCCAUCAACACUCUGCUUGUGCGUGCCCCAUUGAUGUUGCUGCUCACGACUGCCCUUGCCUGCGCUGCUGCGUAG